AAGACUACGAUAUAUCGGCAAACCAAGAUGGAGUGCGAGUGGAAACCAGAUGAGCAAGGACUUCAGCAAAUUCUACAGCUUUUGAAAGAGUCCCAGUCUCCCGAUACGUCCACUCAAAGAUCCGUCCAGCAAAGAUUGGAACAGCUCAACCAAUACCCAGACUUCAACAACUACUUGAUAUUCGUGCUGACGAAGUUGAAAUCAGAAGAUGAGGCGACCCGCUCUCUUAGUGGUCUGAUCCUAAAGAACAAUGUGAAGGCCCACUACCAGAACUUCCCCAAUGGAGUGUCUGACUUCAUUAAGAGCGAGUGUCUACAGAACAUUGGAGACUCCUCGCCCCUCAUCCGGGCCACCGCGGGUAUCCUCAUCACCACCAUUGCCUCCAAAGGGGAGCUGCAGAACUGGCCCGAGCUGUUGCCCAAACUCUGCCUCCUGCUGGACUCUGAGGACUACAACACCUGUGAGGGGGCGUUUGGCGCUCUUCAGAAGAUCUGUGAGGACUCAGCAGAGAUCUUGGACAGUGACGUGUUGGACCGUCCGCUCAACGUUAUGAUCCCAAAGUUCCUGCAGUUCUUCAAACACAGCAGCCCCAAGAUAAGAUCUCAUGCCAUCGCCUGCGUCAACCAGUUCAUCAUCAGUAGGACUCAGGCCCUAAUGCUGCACAUCGACGACUUCAUCGAGAACCUGUUUGCCCUGGCGACUGAUGAGGAGCCAGAGGUGAGGAAGAACGUUUGCAGAGCUCUGGUCAUGCUGCUGGAAGUCCGCAUGGACCGUCUCCUACCGCACAUGCACAACAUCAUAGAGUACAUGCUGCAGAGGACUCAGGACCAGGAUGAGAACGUGGCUCUGGAGGCCUGUGAGUUCUGGCUGACACUGGCUGAACAGCCUGUCUGUAAGGAUGUGCUGUGUAACCACCUCUCCAAGCUGAUUCCAGUGCUCGUCAACGGGAUGAAGUACUCCGAGAUCGACAUCAUUCUGCUCAAGGGUGAUGUGGACGAGGAUGAUGAUGAGGCCAUCCCUGACAACGAGCAGGAUAUCAGGCCCAGGUUCCACCGCUCCCGUACCGUUGCCCAGCAGCACGAGGGCGACCGCGAUGGCAUCGAGGACGAUGACGACGAUGAUGAUGAUGAUGACCUGGACGAUGAUGACACCAUCUCUGACUGGAAUCUCCGGAAGUGUUCAGCAGCAGCGUUGGACGUGUUGGCUAACGUGUUCAGAGAUGACCUGCUCCUCCCCAUCCUGCCUCUCCUCAAAGAGCUCCUCUUCCACCCAGAGUGGGUCAUCAAGGAGUCUGGUAUACUGGUCCUGGGGGCCAUCGCUGAGGGUUGUAUGCAGGGUAUGAUCCCCUACCUGCCAGAGCUCAUCCCCCACCUGGUGCAGUGUCUGAGUGAUGAGAAGGCCCUGGUGCGCUCCAUCACCUGCUGGACCCUGAGUCGAUAUGCCCACUGGGUGGUCAGCCAGCCUCCUGACACUUAUCUGAAGCCACUGAUGACUGAGCUCCUCAAACGCAUCCUGGACUCCAACAAGAGGGUGCAGGAGGCUGCCUGCAGUGCCUUUGCCACUCUGGAAGAGGAGGCGUGUACAGAGUUGGUUCCCUACCUGGCCUACAUCCUGGACACUCUGGUGUUUGCCUUCAACAAGUACCAACACAAGAACCUGCUUAUACUGUACGAUGCUAUAGGGACGCUCGCUGACUCCGUUGGACACCACCUCAACAAGCCGGAGUACAUUCAGAUGCUGAUGCCUCCACUGAUAGCAAAGUGGAACCAGCUGAAGGACGAAGACAAGGAUCUGUUCCCUUUACUAGAGUGCCUGUCGUCAGUAGCCACAUCUCUCCAGAGUGGUUUCCUGCCCUACUGUGAGCCUGUGUACCAGCGCUGUGUCAACCUGGUGCAGAAGACCCUCGCUCAGGCCAUGCUCCACCAGUCCCAGCCAGACCAGUACGAGGCUCCUGAUAAGGACUUUAUGAUUGUGGCUCUGGACCUGCUCAGUGGACUGGCCGAGGGGUUGGGCGGCAACAUCGAGCAGUUGGUUGCCCGUAGCAACAUCCUCACGCUCAUGUACCAGUGCAUGCAGGACAAAAUGCCUGAGGUGCGGCAGAGCUCCUUUGCUCUGCUGGGUGACCUGACUAAAGCUUGUUUCCAGCAUGUAAAGCCAUGCAUCGCUGAUUUCAUGCCUAUACUAGGCACUAAUCUGAACCCAGAGUUGAUAUCAGUGUGCAACAAUGCAACGUGGGCAAUCGGAGAGAUAUCUAUACAAAUGGGGGCUGAGAUGCAGCCCUAUGUGACCAUGGUGCUGCACCAGCUGGUUGAGAUCAUCAACAGGCCCAACACCCCAAAGACCCUGCUGGAGAACACAGCAAUAACAAUUGGUCGUCUUGGUUACGUUUGUCCUCAAGAGGUGGCACCCAUGCUACAGCAGUUUAUAAGACCCUGGUGCACCUCUCUAAGGAACAUAAGAGACAAUGAGGAAAAAGACUCAGCGUUCCGAGGCAUCUGCACUAUGAUCAGUGUCAACCCUGGAGGAGUGGUACAGGACUUUAUAUUUUUCUGUGAUGCAGUGGCCUCGUGGGUAAAUCCAAAGGAUGAUCUGCGAGACAUGUUCGGCAAGAUCCUCCAUGGGUUCAAGAAUCAGGUGGGCGAGGAUAACUGGAGGCGUUUCUCAGACCAGUUCCCACUGCCUCUGAAGGAACGGCUGGCGGCCUUCUACGGGGUGUAAUGCUUUCCAUAGGAACAUACCUGUUCAAGGGGGUCAUUCACUAUGGGAGACGACUGACGGGGAACCUCUUAUACCCAGGGAACAUGUUACCCUUUACUGGGGGUAGGGUCUGCCAGCUGGGGAGGGAGGGGGGUGCGGACCGGGACCCUCCUCAACCUUCUUGACGGGCGGGGUGGGAGGGAGGUGUUAGCCAGCAGAGGCAGUCAACGCCCCCCAAGCAACAGGCGAGGGGGACACGGGGGAACCAGCAGGCUAACUUAAUCAAGGGAGGAAACAUUUAUUUAAUCAUUUCAACAUCUCAUUCAGAAAUGAAAAGACAUUGUCAGCGUAGCCAUUUUUGUUUUCUCUUUUUAUUUUAUUUUUCAUUCGAGCUCUCCAGCGACUCUACUACUGAGUGGACAUUUGAAUCAAAAUGCAGGAAAAAAACCAAUGCAAAACUUUGUAAAUGCUUCUGUCGUUUAGUUGUGGUAAAAUCAUGGCUUUAUACUUACCGGGGGGGGGGGGGGGGGGGUAGUGCUGAUUGAGGGUCCUAUUUCAGUUAAGAGCUUUUAAAUCUAUUCGUAUCGACCGGAAAGUGCCACUCAGAGAUAAGUGUAGGGGGAGGGAGUGUAGAACUAGAGAGAAUGAUACCGACCAUAGAAUUGAUAUGGGGGUGGUUAUAAAAUAGCGUAGUGGGCAUAGAAAUGACAUUAAAAGUCUCAAAGAAAACAACAUAGCAGCUGUCCUCAACUGCCAGGACAGCUGCUAGCCAAGCAACCACAACAGAGGUAAUAGACUAAAGAAAAUGCUGAUAUUAUCGUAUUUAUCUAACCAGCUAUUUUUUUUGGGGGGGGGGGGGGGGGGGGACGACACUGCCUUUGCAUAUCUUCGAAUAACAAUAGCCUGUCUUUUAUUGUAGUCAUCAAUCAAAACAAUUGCGUUGAGUUAAUGAAAGAAAAAUUGGUAGUGGCAUAUUUAAAGUAAUAGAGUAAUAAACAGUAUUUUUAUGGCAGGUCAGAAGCUGUGUUGAAUAAACCAUUAUGUCAAACACGUCAGACAGAAAGAGUGCAUAUGAUUCUAUAUUUGUUGUGGUUGAAAGUGACUUGUCUUAAAAACAGGAAAAUAACUAAGUAGCAUGCUUACAUCAAAGUGGGAAGUGGGUAAGGGGGGUGUACAUCAGUAGAGUGAUCUGUGUGUUGCAUCAUCAGAUAGUUGUGGUAUUUCUUGCAUAGCCUUGUGAUAAGGUUUCUUAAACAAACAUGUACUUUGUCCUUUUUCAGUUUUCUGUCCGCCCACCACCCCCUAUGUUUACCAGAGCUUUUCCAGUCAGUGUCUAGCAUGAACUGGGUUUACAUACAUACAAUAUAGAAACAAACAAGUCUGAUAUUGAUAUUCUCAUCUAGUUGAAUCCAUAUACUGUAGCAGGGUUUUGGUUGUGAUUCUAAAAAGAGACCUUGAACACUGCUACAUACAUGUUAAAACUCUGAGGUAAACUCUCAGGCUGCCUCUGUCCUGUGGUGUGGAAGUGACGCGUUCUGUGUGCAUGGAUGUUUUACUAGCUGCCAUAAUAUCAGCUUUCCUGACCCCAUAUUGUUUUAAAUAUCAAAUUCUGUCUUUCUCACAUUUGUGAAAACAGUACUUGGGCUCGAUUGUGGCAACGUAAGACUAUAUUGUUUAACAGUGUCAAAGGGACGGGGGUAUGGAAACAGCAUACAGGGCUUUAGCUGAAAAUGUUCACCCUUUUGUUAUUAGGACUGUAACACAAGUCCUCCUGUCUUGAUAGUGUGUCUGUCUGUGACCUUUGUUGGUUGUCAAUCCAAAACUCAACAGUAAGCAAUUGUAAAAAAAAAGAAAAGAAAAAAAAAAGAAAAAAAAGUUUUAUGUACUGUGGUUUUUUUAUUAUUGUUGUUGGUUUGCUUUUUUUUGUGAAAAGCAUGAUCUUUGAGGAUGAUUGUAAUGACUGUUUUGAAUGCAAGGUAUUCGAAUGCUUGAUUCCUUGCAUGUUGGUGGUCCUUUUACAUCCCAAACUAGACAGGGGGAGGUGCAUUUCAAUUGAACUAAAAAGUUAAGGAAAUUCUUAUUUCUUCACUACCCCAUUUCGCUGACAUACAAUAUCAGACUUUUAUUUUGAAAGUUCAACUUUUAUCUCAUACAUACCUGCAGGACGAUUUUCCCCUUAACAUAUAACCCACGUGCACAUGUAUUGUUUGUUUUCUUGUUAAAUACUGUGAAGUUAGAACUUAAAGAAAAAAAUAUGUUUUUUGUUCCUUUUUGUUUUGGUGUGUUAUUCUUUUGGCUCCGUAAAGUGCAAAAGUCUUGAGGUUGUUGAUUGCCUGAAUGUAUCCCAUGGUGGGUGGGAAUACAGUUUUAUGCCCAGCCAACCAAUCAGAUUCACUCUGCAGGUCAGAGUAAUUGUUGCAGUAUUUUGUCUGCCUCGCAGGGCAUAUUAAAAGCACUUGUUCAGACAGAAAUGUAUUCUGCAUACUGUAGUAGACUCACACAAUCACGUACUGAUAUAGUAUUUGUUUACUGGAGACUUAUACCACUAAACACCUCAUGUAUUACUUCACUGAGUAUUCAAUAUUGUGUAGUCCUUUUCUUUCUGUGUGUGUGUGUGUAUAUAUAUAUAUCACACACACACACGUGUGUGUAUAUACAUAUAUAUACACACGUAUAUAUGUAUAUAUAUAUAUAUAUGUAUAUACAUG